AUUUAGUUGUCCCACUGUAAUGUUUGUGGCUACUUUCAUAGCAUUUUUGACGCGCAUGCGCACGUGGUAAAAUGGCUGCAAUAAAAUUAUUUUCAAAAAACUUUCAAAUUAUAAAAGGAAGUGUCCCCAAUUUAAGCAUAAUAAUCCAAAAAAAUGGCAUGUCGCAAUACCCCAGCUAUUACAUUCAGCCGGUCCACAAAAAGGAAGUUCAAGAAGAGUUGGUAAAGACCGGCGAAGCCCAAAAAUUAGUCCACAUGCCGACAAGAGCAGCUCUGAAUAAUCAGACUUGUUCCCCCACUCAGGACGACUUAGUCAGCCUUUUUACCAAUUACAUCAUGAGAGAUGGCCUUAAACCUCUCGCUAGAGGAUUAGUUGAACAAGCGUUUGAGAACAUCAAAAGGAUUCAACUAGAAAAGUACCACAAGUGUCAGGACCCCGAAGAAAAAGCCCAAAUUGAGUUAGAUCCUCGUGUAAUUUUCCACAAAGCUGUGGAAAAUUGUAAGCCAAUAAUGAAUCUAACUCCAAUAAAACGUGGGGGUGUUAGAUAUCAAGUUCCUGUGCCAAUUACACGAAAGAGGAGUCAGUUUAUGUCGAUGAAAUGGCUUAUUUUGGCUAGCAAAGAAAAAGAUAAGAAUGUCAGGUUUCAUUAUCAGUUGGCAUUGGAAUUAAUCGAUGCUGCAAAUAACAAAGGAAGAGUAGUUAAGAGGAAACAAGACUUACAUAAGCAGUGCGAGGCCAAUAGGGCUUACGCGCAUUAUAGAUGGAGUUAAAUCUUAAUAAAUACACCUAGUAAAUUAUAAA